AUGGCUCCCAAGAUCGCCAUCGUCUACUACUCCAUGUACGGCCACAUCCGCCAAUUGGCCGAGGCCGAGAAGAAGGGCAUUGAGAAGGCCGGUGGCUCUGCCGACCUUUUCCAGAUCGCCGAGACUCUCCCUGAGGAAGUUCUCGCCAAGAUGCACGCUCCCCCCAAGCCCUCUGACAUCCCCGUCCUUAACGACCCGGCCACUCUUGAGGCCUACGAUGCCUUCCUCAUCGGUAUCCCCACCAGAUACGGCAACUUCCCCACCCAGUGGAAGGCGUUCUGGGACAUGACCGGCAAGCAGUGGAGCAGCGGCGGCUUCUGGGGCAAGAUGGCCGGCCUCUUCAUCUCCACCGCCUCCCUCGGUGGCGGCCAGGAGUCCACCGCCCUCGCCGCUAUGUCCACCUUUGCCCACCAUGGCAUCAUCUACGUCCCCUUCGGCUACGCCAAGGCCUUCGCCCAGUUGACCGACCUCUCCGAGGUUCACGGAGGCGGCCCUUGGGGUGCCGGCACCUUCGCCGGCGCUGAUGGUUCUCGCCAGCCCAGCGCCAAGGAGCUCGAGAUCGCCACCAUUCAGGGCGAGACCUUCUACCAGACUGUCGCCAAGCAUUUCGGCUGA